CUGUAAAAAAAAUUACUUUGUUUACCAUACGCCGGCAGCGACUUAUAAACAAUGGCAGAUGCUUGGGAUAUAAAAUCGCUGAAAUCAAAGCGGAACACGCUUCGUGAGAAGCUAGAGAAGCGGAAGAAGGAACGCAUCGAAAUUCUUUCUGACAUCCAGGAGGAUCUGACGAAUCCCAAAAAAGAACUCGUUGAAGCUGAUCUAGAAGUACAAAAGGAGGUACUGCAGACACUCAGUUCUUGUUCCCUGGCCCUGCCCAUUGUUUCCACACAAGUAGUAGAGAAAAUUCCAGGUAGCAGUCUAGAAAUGGUUAAUUUUAUACUGGGCAAACUGGCAAACCAGGGUGCCAUUGUUAUCCGAAACGUGACCAUCGGCACAGAAGCUGGCUGCGAGAUUAUUUCAGUCCAGCCCAAGGAGCUGAAGGAAAUCCUGGAGGACACAAAUGACACCUGUCAGCAAAAAGAGGAGGAGGCCAAAAGAAAAUUGGAAGUCGAGGAUGGCGAUCAGCCUCAGGAAAAGACAAUGAAACUGGACACAAGUGCCGCACGAAAAGAGUCCACCAGCCUGGAUGCCCCUGACGACAUCAUGAUGCUCUUAUCUAUGCCCUCGACACGAGAGAAGCAGAGUAAGCAAGUUGGCGAGGAGAUCCUUGAAUUGCUCACUAAGCCCACUGCCAAAGAGCGUUCAGUGGCAGAGAAGUUCAAAUCUCACGGCGGAGCACAGGUUAUGGAGUUCUGCUCCCACGGCACCAAGGUAGAGUGUCUCAAGGCCCAACAGGCCACCGCCGAAAUGGCGGCCAAAAAGAAACAAGAACGUAGAGACGAAAAGGAACUUCGCACGGAUGCUGAGGCAAGCGAAAGUAGCAGUGGGAAGCUAGCCAAGACAGAGUCAGCAGCCGAGGAUGGAGAGAUCAUCACGGAAGGUAUAAGUAAUUGCGAAGCAGAGUCGCAGGAGUCUACCGAUGGCAGUGAUACAUGCGGCAGUGAGACAACAGACAAGUGCACUAAGCUACACUUUAAGAAGAUUAUCCAGGCCCACACGGACGAGUCACUGGGGGAUUGCAGCUUUCUAAACACCUGCUUCCACAUGGCCACCUGCAAGUACGUACACUAUGAGGUGGACACUUUGCCGCAUAUUAACACAAACAAGCCCACGGAUGUGAAAACCAAAUUAAGCCUCAAACGUAGCGUUGAUUCCAGUUGCACGCUCUAUCCACCACAGUGGAUUCAGUGCGACUUGCGCUUCUUGGAUAUGACGGUGCUGGGCAAGUUCGCUGUGGUAAUGGCCGAUCCUCCUUGGGAUAUUCACAUGGAACUACCCUAUGGAACGAUGUCGGACGAUGAAAUGAGAGCUUUGGGUGUGCCAGCACUUCAGGAUGAUGGCUUGAUCUUUUUAUGGGUAACAGGAAGAGCCAUGGAACUUGGCCGCGACUGUCUUAAGCUGUGGGGUUAUGAGCGAGUGGAUGAGCUUAUCUGGGUAAAGACGAACCAGCUGCAGCGAAUAAUCCGUACUGGGCGCACAGGACACUGGCUGAACCACGGCAAGGAGCACUGCCUGGUGGGUAUGAAAGGCAAUCCCACGAAUCUAAACCGAGGUCUCGACUGUGACGUUAUCGUUGCGGAGGUGCGGGCCACCUCCCACAAACCAGAUGAGAUCUACGGCAUUAUUGAGCGUCUAAGCCCGGGUACCCGAAAAAUCGAGCUCUUCGGACGACCGCAUAACAUCCAACCCAACUGGAUCACCCUGGGAAACCAGCUGGAUGGCAUAAGGCUAGUGGAUCCAGAGCUCAUCACUCAAUUCCAGAAACGAUAUCCAGAUGGUAACUGCAUGUCGCCGGCAUCAGCCAAUGCGGCUGCCAUUAAUGGAAUACAAAAGUAAGCUUAAAAUAACAUUUUCAGUAUAAAUUUGAGACCUCGACAAAGCAAGAGUCUCAUACAGACUCGUUUAAUUAAGAUAAAUUAUUAUUAAAGCUUUUUA